AUGGAGUCGUCUCCCCCGAGGAGUAGCUCUGCUGCUCCCGUGGCAGGCGUGAAGCGUCCGGCGUCCCUGUUGCCGGCUUUCGAGCCAUUGAGCUCUUCCCCGUCUCUGCCUCGGCCUCAGAAGCGUGUAGCACGCGAUGACCAUGCCGUUGUCUCGACCUAUCCGACUCCCGUCCCGACCUCGUCGACUCACAUCAUGUCGUCCUCCCCUCCUCGAAUGGCCCUGCCUCGAUCCGCGUCGCGUCGUAACCUUGCCUCGAGCAGCUCCGAACGUACCCCUCUAUCUGCCGUCCCGACCCUGAUGCUCUCGGACUCCGGCGAACCCCUUCUCAUGGGCCGGUCGAGCGUCUCCUGUCAUCAUCAGCUCGCCGCUAACCGUAUGAUAUCGAGAAUCCAUGUCAAGGCCACCUAUAAGCCCGCACCGAACCCCUUCGACCGAGAUAGGGUAGAGAUUAUGUGCAUGGGAUGGAACGGGAUUAAACUGCACUGCCAGGGAAAGACAUAUGAUUUGGCCAAGGGGAAGACCUUCACGUCCGAUAUCAAGGAUGCCGACAUCAUGAUCGACGUGCAUGACGCCCGUGUUUUGGUGCAAUGGCCGCGUGGUGAGAGAAAGGAUACCGACUCCGAACAUACUUGGGAGGAGACCACCCCCAAACGCAACGGGGAGUCUCGUCGAAGCCUGCAGGAUAGUCCAAGUGUGGAGCGUCGACGUUUGGCUUCUCCCGUGUCACCGUCCCCGGCGGUCAAGUCCUUGAUUCCCCCAUCUUCCCCGCUCUAUACCCCGACUCGCUCGCGCAAUGCCGUGGUUGUGUAUGAAGACGAGGCCUCUCCUGUCCGUGCGACUAGCUCCGCGGAGGAUCUCACGUCCGAAACUUUCCACGAUCCCUCUUCCGCUGUAGACCUUCUGCAGAGCUCCCAGUCCAGCGAACUAAGUGAACUGAGUAAGCAUGACGAGCUGUCUGACCACGAUGAGGAGAACGACCCCAUAAUCCACUCCUUUGGACCCUUCGGGGAGAACAUCCUGCCUCGCAUGGCUUCGUUCACUGCCGACGAGUCACCCGUCCGUCCCACUCGUCCUCGCAACCAGUCCUCUACGCAACCUCUCCAGCCUACGCAGUCACCUCGCCAGCCUUCCAAGGCCGCAGACGACGCCGAAAGUGCACCCAGCAAGCCGGAGCCGCUUGACGAAGGUCUGGAACGCGUCCAGAACCAUGCUGUCAACCAGCUCGCCUUCUCGCGUCUUUCUUCGACGCCAUUCUCAACCAUUCUGAGCAACCUUCCUCCCACUCUGUGGAGACAGAACAGCCAUUCCAAGCAGGGGCCGACCAAAGAGCAAAUUCUUGCCGUCAUUGACACCACCAAGUGCAUUGGAAAGGUUGCCCGUGAGGGAAAAGAUGCCGCCGGGAAGCCUCUUGAAAGCGAAUAUUACUACAUCCCGGAUUUCGAUGACGAUGACAUGCGACGGGAAGCUGUUGUGCAUGAUCUCCGAAAGCCAGGGCUUCGGAACUGUAGAAAGCAACAUAAGCAAUAUUUCUGGCGCAAGCCCAAAUAA